GUAUCGUUUGUGUCAAAUCUUUAAUUUAAAAAGAACCAGUGUUUAUGAGUACUAUAGUUGGUAAAGAAUAAUUUCCACCAGAAUAAAUUUAACAAUAUUCGAGGAUCAAAAUUAGAAACGAGAAAAGUUAUGAAAUGCCAUGAAGUGACGAAAUUGGAUUGAAUGUUUUUCCGAUAUGUUUACAGUCAGGUAAAAGUUCGUAUUCCACCCAGCGCAAAAAUACAUGAAAAUUGCAAGCUACGGUAUUUGAGACUAAUAGUUUGGCAAAAUAACCAGGAAGUGCCUAGACCACCAAAAAAGGGUUGACACAAAAAUAUAGCUAAAUUUUAAAGAUAUUCAAAGAAAAUUAAUACGAAUCUAAUCUUGACAAAUAACGUUUUAUAAUGAGAUGACAAUGAAGAGUUACAAAGAUCAUAUCAUCGUGUUGUUUGUACUCCAACUAUGGGCAGGUAUUGACGCCCAGACCACGAGCAUUGUGAAUAACUUAACAACGAUUCCAGAGGUGUCAAAUACAAACAACGCAACAACUAACGCGCCGCCAACAACAGCAGAAUUCAUACCCAGGGAAAUAACGGAUAUUACAUUGCCACCUCCAAGAAAUUUGCAAAGGAGAACUGCCACAACCACAACGCUGAUUUUAAGUUUUCUUCCUCCCGCUAAUUACCGGAAUGAUGCCAGAUAUUCACAUUUUCGCAUUGACUAUGAAAGUGACACUGAAAAACAAAAUAUUGAAGUCGAUAAAAACCUCGGAGGUUCUAGAAUCAUCGUGCCUGGAUUACAAAGCGGUGUUUUAUACAAAAUUAGCGUCCGCACUCAAGGAAAAGAUUCACUUGGAAAUUAUCUUUUGUCACCAGUAGCGCAAACCAUCAAGGCCAGGACCAUCCCCCCUCCUAUUUCAAAUUUAAGAAUCGUUUCUAUGAAAAAUCGACCAGAUGAAGUGUAUGUCGUUUGGGAUGGAUCUCCCACCCCCAUUAAUGGCCCAAAAUAUGAUAUUUUCACUUUAACGUACAGAAUUGUAGACAAACUCACAAGUACACAAGCUUUUAAAUAUCGAACUCGUCCUAUUGACAUUCCUCAUAAACAGGCUAGUGCAUUCAUUUCGUCAUCUGCAACAAAUGUUUCUCAGGCCGUGCGAAUAGAAUUAGGAGCAACAUACAGCUUUUCUGUUGUUACAAAAAGUUUGGGAGAAGAUCCAACGACAAGUUUGCCUUUGAAAAUACGGUAUGAGUUUAAGGUACCUGGCCCGGGUGAAGCAGAUGUAGUUAGAUACGACACAACAUCCAUACUUUUCGGUUGGGAAGAUAGUUAUGACAUCAAAGAUUCUGAUGUCAUCCUUUCAUACUCACCGUUCGGAAAAGAUGAUUCGAAAGAAAAAGUCAUAAAUAUUUCAAAUAAAGUACAAGAAUAUAACAUAACUGCUCUAGAACCAGGUGUGUUAUAUCUUAUUUCAAUAAAAUAUAUUCGAAAUAGCGUUCCGUUUGGAAAAGUAAGCGAAGCAACUGAUUUGUAUGCACGCACAGCUCCAUCCUUACCGAACGAAAUAUUCAUAGAUAAUAUCACAACGACACAAGUUUUUCUAAACUUCGAAUUUCUAAAUAUGAAUGCUUCUAACGUAGUUAUCAUUGAAUACGAGCUAAUUAGAUCAGAAAGACGUUCGUCACCAAUUUCCUACAAUCUUCAAGAAGCUACGAGUAUACAAAUCAUUGGUCUCGAACCCGGACAGCUUUACCGAAUCCACGUCACAGUUUCUACGCUAGAACCUGUAAGAACGACGUCUUCAACCAGUAUGCUGACUAGAACAGUGCCGAUGCCACCAAAGAGUUUCAGCGGAUACGGGAAACAAGGAAAAAUUUUACUCAAUUGGGAAAAGCCAGAUACAUUGGAAACGCCAACCUUCUGGAGGUAUGAAGUCGUCUACCACCCUGUCUCGGACUCGCUUAAUGUAAAUCGCAUUUCGGUGUGGAAUCGUGAUGGUGCUCAACAGAUGACACAUUCCUUAGACAACCUUGCUGCAGGGACGCUUUAUAAAAUACAAAUAUACUGCGAAGUUGGAGACAAUAGGGAAAACGAUCGAAAAGCUCGCAGUGUAUCAUCAAUCCCGCUUGUUCUCUAUACUCAACCACAAAAUCCUAUUCUUACAGACUUGGUUCAAGUAACUCUUUCUCAGGUCAAAGUACAAUGGGCUGCAGUGAAUGUGUCAGUUGCGAACAUGGACUACUAUUUACUUAAUUUAACUCGCAUAUAUAAAUCUAACAGUGCGAUAGAAUUUCAGCCAGAAUUUCUCUCCUACAAAAUCCACAAACAAGAAACUGAAAAAGUAUUGAAACUCAGCCUUGGGUCAACCUACCGUAUUGUGUUGACUACUGUAGUGGGCGAAGGAAAUUCAUGGAUGCAAAGUGUAGUAAAUGUAAGUAAUUCAAAAUUAUAUGAUACCUGGUCUCCGUACGACUCACAUCAAUUAUUUCCUCGGCUUGUAUGGAGAUUUUCGAACUGUCUACGACAAGGAAGAAUUGGACCUACUCAAGUAUAUUGCAAUAAUGCAUACAGAAAAACUUCCUUGGAUAAACUUACAACAGUAGAAUUCGGUAUCCAACACUGGAUGGCUCCAAUUCAAGGUCUCUAUCGUAUUACAGCAACAGGUGCAGGGUAUGAGGGGCCGGGAGGAAAGGGCGCUACGGUCUCGGGGCUUUUCCACCUGCUUGAGGGUGCAAAACUUAUGAUUGCCGUUGGACAACAGGGAGAAUACUUUGGUGACAUGACCCAAGGAGGGGCCGGAGGAAGUUUUGUUGUAGCAGGUGAUGGUACAAACGAGCCUAUAGUUAUUGCUGGUGGCGCCGGAAGCGCUUUUUGGGGAGCAUCGCCAUCUUCAUUAUCAGAUGGUAGACUGAACCACACUGCCGGAGACGCUUCAGCCACUGGACAAGGAUUUGGUAGUGGUGGUAAACAACAAACAUUGGGACCUGGACUACCGGGCGCAUCAAACACGGCCGGUGGAGCAGGUUUUCAUGGUAUUUCAAGAAGCCUUGUUAAUUUUGGAGACUCUGCUCUUCCUGCUGUAGGAUUUUUACCAUUUGGUAAUGAUAAAAGCGUCAACGACACAGAAAGGCAAUUAUAUCAAUCUCUUGCUGGUGGCAGAUACGAUAUAGCAGAUGGGAGAUAUUCUGAAGGAGGUUUUGGUGGUGGUGGAUCAGGCUAUAUUACUGCAUCAGGUGGAGGAGGGGGGUAUACUGGUGGUGGAGGGGGUUCUUCAAAUGGAUUUUCUGGUGGUGGAGGAAGCUACAUAAAAUUUUCAGGCGGAACACAGUAUGCGGAAAUUUUUAACGAUAAAGCUGGAAUGGUGGAAAUAACAUUUGUUGGCUUACCGGUUUCUUCGCCUAUUCCAGUUACUAUGUAUUUAAUAGUGGCGUUUUUUGUGGGAAUUGGAAUGACGUUGUGUUUUGGAAGUCUUUUAUGUUGGAUAGAUAAGUGUGGCAGGAAGCGCAAUUCUGAACCAGAGAAUAUGAGAGAAAAACCGGAAAUUCUUCAUUUACAUGAAACAACGGUACACGUCACCGACGCAUCUCCCAGCACCUCUGGACUCUACGUUAGAAACAUAAACGAUCAGGAAGAUUCAAAUUAUCGUAAAUACAGCGAAGUGGACUCAGAAAUGUAUGUGCCUAAUCUGAGAGUCGCCAUUCCUGACGCGCCACGACUUGCUGAAAGCGAAGAAAGUUGGGGUAGUCCAUUAAAACCAACUGAUUACGACCCCAAUGAAGACAGCGAGUUGGAUGAUGAAGAUAUUCAAACCGAAUCUUCUGCAUCGCCAGUUCCUUCAAUAAACACUGAUCUGGGAGAUAUAACACGAGAUAUCUACGCCUGGGAUAUUACUACUGUCGAUGAUGAAUCGGAACCCUCUGAAAGCGAGGAUGAAAGUCAGUUUUCCGAGCAAGAAACGACGGAUGAGGUUUCUUCACUUCCACCGCCACCCCCACCUCCUCCUCUUGAAGGCCUUCAUACCAGCGAACAGCAAGAAAAUUUUAGAAAUAGACUUCAAAUGUUCCAUCAGAUAGAGAACAAAAUGUCUUUCUGAUUUUAUUUGGAUUUUAAUUUCUGUCCGUGUUUUCGUACUUUUUUCGUAUCAAACAUUUGUAGAAAUGAAUUUUGGGAUAUGAGUUAACAAUGAGAAUUCUAUUUAUACUCACAAAUACAAGCACAACAUACUAUAUUCUCAAAACAAGUAUUUGUAAUAUUAACGACAUUAAUUAAUGAUGUUUAAUUUAAAGUAUAGAUAAAUUCUUAUUCCUUAUUAGUUGUUCAAAUAUUACGGUUGGUGCAACAAAGCAUAUCAUCAGAACCGCGUGGCCUGUCGUUUGAAAAUAAAAACGUCAUCCAAGGCUCAAUUUGUCAUUACCGUGUGUAAUAUUUGAAUGUAAAAUGCAAAGCCAAAUUUUA